CGCCGCCCAUCGCAUCUCUCGCCGCCUUGCCGGUCUCUCUUUUGGUUGUCAUUCCAUUUGUGCUCCAUUGAUUCUACACACUGUCCUCCUUCAACGGCCGACUCCCACUUCCUCGCCUAGACAUUGAUCGAAUUGCAGAUGGACGGAGGAUCAGCCCUAGUACUUUUUGUGGCUGCCAUUGGUACCCUUGUGGGAGUGGCUCACUCACUCUUUCCUUUAGCUGACGUACGG